UGGCAACCAGUUUUAAAGAAUGUCAACAAAUAAAUGUACGACUAAAUUGCUAAGCUUUCAAAAAGCAAUACGACUGCUUUAUAAAGCAACAGCCGCUAGUUUAAAUCAAAAAACAACAUCAGGCAAAUGGAGUGAAGGGAGCGAGCGAUGGCGUUUGCAGUGCAGCAGCAAUACGAACCCAAGCUCAGUUCUAUACACGUCGGCUACGAGAGCAGUAGCAGCGAUAGCAACUGGUGGCGCUUACAGGUCUUACAGCAAUCGAAAACAUCUCGCAACAGCAGCAACAGUUAAAAAAGGCAAAAUGGUGGCCAAACUGACUGAAGAAGAGCGCAAAGAGAAAUUGCAACCUCUGCUCGAUGCUGGCUGGAAAAUGGUCGAAGGACGCGAUGCCAUCUAUAAGGAAUUUUUGCUUAAAGACUUCAAUCAAGCGUUUAGCUUCAUGACUGGCGUGGCUUUGUUAGCCGAAAAAAUGAAUCAUCAUCCAGAAUGGUUCAAUGUCUACAAUAAAGUUCAGGUAACUCUGAGCACACACGAUGUGGGAGGACUCAGUAGCCAGGAUAUUCGUAUGGGCAACUACUUUGAAGCACAAGCCAAGUUGCUUAACAACUGUUGAAAUUCAUAUGUAUAUUUGUUUCCAUAGUGCUAGUGCUAGUUUAUGUGUUGUUAUUUGAAUUAAAAUAAACAAAUACUCAUCCCAACA